AGUUUUGAUGGUGCCCAUUGCAACUUCCACACCCAUAGUUUUGAAACACCCAAAACACGACCCAUAGUCUUGGAACGUCCGUAGUAAAGGAACAAAAACACGAGUAACCACUACAACCCGAAGCCAUUUUGAGCAGUAAAGUAGACAUCCAAUUACAUGUACUUCCAGUAGUUGAAGUUGUUUCAUCAAGUUUCACGCAAUUUUCACAUAGUAGAGGUUGUUUCCAUAUCUAGGAUUUUUCUCAAGAGUACGUCGCAUAUUAGUGGAGUAGAACGAGUACUAGUCCUUCAGUAACUAUAAUUAAGCCGACAAACAAACAAACUAUGAUUAAGCCGAAGUGCGAGCUGAGUAGCGAUCAUCGAGUAUAGAAACCAGCACUGCUUUCAUAUUGAAGCACAGUAAAAACAAAAACAUAUACACCCGGCGCGUCUGGUGUGAGUAUCUGAGCCGGCUAGCAGUAUCACUGAUAGCUCGCCGUAGCCUAGACAAAUUUUUGCACUUAUAUAUUCUCUAUCACCUAGUAAAACCUUCUGACAAUAAAAAGAUAAACGUCGACCCGCCCAAGAAAAUCACCACUGGUACCCCACACUGCGUCAAAGUUCAACUAUUCUCAAGAUGUCGUCCAAUGGCGCCUCCUCCUCUUCCCUCCCACUCGUCCCCGACUUGAUUGAUGAGACCGUGACGCCCCCGGCGGAAAGAAUUAUUUCCGAGGUCAACCCGUUUUUGAAACACACCGGCAAGGAAGCAUCCACCUGCACCGAUUGCCCAAAGCAGCAUGGUCUCAAGCUCUUCGUGUCUCCCGUCGGGAAGCCCUGCGCGGUGUGUGGGAAGCAGAUGCCGAACGGCGACCGCGCGUGGAGGUGUUUCCCCUAUCCUGUGUGAAAACGUCCACACCACAGAGUUGUCAUGCAAAUCUGCGUGCUGAAAAUGUUUCUCAUGCGGUCGCCGAAAGUGCUUCCUCGCCCACCCCCCGGGGAGGGGAUCCUUGACCUGUGGCGCUGGGUGCGGGUGUCCACUCCAUGAUGAUGAUGAUGCGGAGCCCCAUGAGAAGCAUUUUCCAGUCGUGUUUUGGAAUUUGGCAUGCUCCAAUCAGCAUGAUGUACUAGAGCUGUGAUGCUGCUGAGCUAGCUCAAACAGAACUGCGCUACGAGUCCAAAUUUGUCAUGUAAAACAGCCAAAGCUUGUGGAUUUGUCUAGGCGAGUCCCCAUCUUGACUAUGGGGUGGGGACGUUUUUGCUUAGGAUAUCCUUUGCGACUUUCACAUGUGCAUCGACUGCCAUGACAAAGGCGGGAAGUAUGACGUGGGCAGCGUGCAAUUGAGUGGCGGGUAAGAGUACCUUUUUGCUUUUGAUAUCUUGGGCUGCUGGACUAGUUGUACAAAGGCAUGACAGAAGCUUUUCUCAAAAAAAUAACCAAGAUGUUAUACGUGUAAUUCUGGUUUCUUCACCAAGAAAAACGCAAAUGCCCUCCACCAAAUAAAAAUAAAAAAAAACCAGGUACCACAAUCCCGGUUGGGAUGGAAAGGCUAUGGACCCCUUCGGCGAUAACAUAAAGCGCGAGGUCGGGCAGCUCAAGGACUUACUUACCAAAUACGCGGAAUCAACCAGGUUGCAGAUAGUAAACUGCAAAAACGUGAUUCCAGAUUACAGCAACCGAGGGCAUACGGGGUUAUCCGUCGAGCACGUGCACAAAGUCUCGCAGUCCAUGGCGAAGGGAUACGGGAUUCUCAAUCGUUACAUUCUCAAUUUUUACAUGGAUUUGUCAUGCAAAAAUACCAUGAGCCACCAGAAGAUCAAGCUACCUCGCAUGACAAAUCCCCGAAGAGCUAAACAGUCCCUAAAUCUGUACCCAAUUAUUUGUGAUGCGAGAGCUGCAAGCUUGUCGCUGCAAGCUUGUCCUUUUCACUGUUGCGGUUCUUGCGUCACAAACUCAUGUAAUGGCUGAGAAUGUAACAGUUGAGAACGGUAUAAGGGAUUCCGGGAAAGAGACAUCACGGAAAACGACGCUAAGACCGUAUCCUUUGUAAAUACGUCCCCAGCUGCUCCAAGUAGUUGUAAUGCAAAUCUGCAUGCUGAAAAUAUUUCUCAUGCGGAAGAACCCCAUGAGAAACAAUUUCUAGUCGUGGUUCGGAAUUUUUUGUCAUGCUCCAAUCAGCAUCAUAUGCUAGAUCUGUGAUGCUCCUGCUGAACUAGCCAAACAGUAUCACACUACGAGACCAAACUUGUCAUGCGCAAGAGCCAAGGCUUCGUUCAUUUGUCUAGCAGAUAAUUUCCCAUCUUUCUUGACUAUGGGGCGUCGUGGGCACCGUUUUUACACAGGAUAUUCCGGCCACGUAGGUUACGACAUCCCGGUUCUAGUGAGGGAAACGACGCAAUCCAGCGAGGAGAACGGGAGGGGGUUAGGGAAGGAAUCCCUGAAAAACUGGACGGGAGUGGUGCUAGAAAACGGAACCGGGUUUCCCAAACCUUCGAUCCAUCUCUUGCGGAAGUCGCAAGACGUCGAGGUGUAUGCAUUGCAAAAGCGUCGUUUGUCAUUGUCUCGUACUACUACUACUUGCAGGACAGCAUGACAAAUCUGGUCUCCUGCGUAAAUUCAGCAUUACAAAUUGCAUUUUUCCUACUUCACAAGUACGAUAGGAUACUUUUGCAGUGCAUAAGGUCUACUGCUCCUUGGGGAACGGACACUUCUUCCAAGCUCUGAAUAACUACCGGACGGUAUGCAAGAAAGAAGCUGUGUAGGUGUAACUUUGUGAUGCAGAAAAUGCAAAACUGUGACACUCGUCAUGCUGGAUCUGCGUUAUAGGCUACUUUCAUACGUGAUUCUACAUACUAGCUGCGCAUGCCAGCUUCUCCCUGUAAUGCAAAGCGAAUUUGUGAUGCUGCUCUUCCUACAAGGUCUACACUUGUUACACAGUUUUUUUCCUGGAUAGACGGGAAACAAGAGCAUAUGGACAAAUGCGAAUCGUACUGCGUUGUUCUGAUUUCGUGGUUUGCGUCUCAUGUUCUACAUCAAGUGAUUGUUGUUUCCUACAUGAAUCUGUAUCUUCUGCGCCUUGUGAUAUUAAUGCAGCACUUCAAUGGCGGCCUAGAGCCUAACAAGAAUUCAGCAUGACAAUAAUCGCUGCAGAUUCGCAUUCGCGCGCGCCCCUUCGUCGCUACAACGGCGAACUCUGCCCACGCCCCGCCCGAUCGCGCCAAUUUUCUUUUACGGUAGAGUUUUGCACCAGCGCGUGUAAGAAGUUGUGCCGUCGUGGUCGUCAAUUGAAUGUGUAUGUGAUUUUGACACGAUAUGCAUAUGUCAAUGAUCAAAAACGAACAUUACGAUUUGACUUAAACAGCCCGUCCCGACGGCGAGGCGUACGUGGAGGAGUACAAAGUUCCCGAGGAGGAUGGCGCGAACCCUUUGCUCCGGGACCAUGUCCUCAACGGCGUGCCCAGCUUGAUUCUCCGACCAGAGAUCAGUCUGAAGGAGAGAAUAUGCACUGCAAAUAUGCCUGGGUCUGGAAACCUGUGAUGCAAGGGAGGGAAUAGUCAGAACACUGUUUUCCGCUGCCAAGCAAGACAAAUUUUUCGGCGUUUCUGAGUUGCGUACUCCGCAUGGGACACUGCGUUUUUGCAUGACAGCAAAGAGGAGCCCUUCGCUGCCACGCAAUACAGAACUCAGAAUCAUGCCAGAUUAGCAUGCCAAAUCUCGCGAUCUCCCAGACCCAGAGCCAGACAUAUUUGCAUUUUAUAGAGCACCACCAUUUGCGAGCUGCUGAACAAGAAAUCCGACUAUAGGUGGACGCUGACGAAGGGUAUAGGAAGAAUAGUGAUGUGGAAAUCGAAAUGUAUACUUAUUUCUCUUCGUCGUUAGUACUAUCCGAGAGCUGCCAGUAGUACACGACGAGAAGUUGUACUAGCGAUGUGCAUUUUUGUCAUGCGUCGAGCACUAGGCAUGUGCAUUUGUCAUGCGAAAACCACAUAGACGUACCAAAUCAAUAUCAAUUCAAAAACCGAGGUCCGGACUACGACCCAGUAACGAACCGCAAGGACUUGAUUGUGGAUCUCGACAGCCUAUCCUGUGCAAAAGUAUCCGAUACUUGUAUAAAUGCAUUACAAAUUGCCUCAGCAUGAGAAAUAAAAUCUGUAAUGCGGAUUUACCUUUAGAAAAAAAACUUGUAAUGCAUGAUUGCAACUACGACGAGCAUCAGAUACUUUUGCACAGGAUACAGCCUGAAGGAGGUGGACGUGAAGCAGAGCCAGUUCGAGUUGCUGUCGAAGACGUUAUAUGCAAUGCAAAAGUAUCGUACUCGUAUUGCAAUCAUGGAUUACAAAUCCUUCUCUCCAGGUAAAUCAGCAUUAGAAAUUUUAUCUCUCAUGCUGAGGAAAUUUGUAAUGCAUUUAAACGAGUACGAUACUUUUGCACAGGAUACGUUAGACGGCCUGGAAUUGAAUUGUUUGGUGCGGCAGGAAGAGGGGCAGACAAACUCUUCAAAUGUGGGCAAAUAA